CACAAGAAGAAGAAAAUGUUCAAAGUGGUUACUAAUGCCUCACAAAGGAACCAAAAUCACAACAAAUAAAAUAAAAGAAUGUUCAUAAUUAAAAAAUAGAUCAAUAGAUAGAUAGUUCAUAGCUUGAGAAUUGAGAAAGACAACUUUCCCUCCUCCACCAAUAACCUCUUGAAAGACAAGACCAUCUCACCAAACCUUAAUUAAACGAACAAACCCAACCUAAUACUAUUAUUUGAAAUUAAUUUCAAUGUCUCUCGUUGCUGUGAUCAUCCCUAUAUUUUUACCUCUCUUUGCUUCUUCUUUUCUCAGAGAUUAUUGCUAUUAUUAUUCUGAUAUCAACCUCUUUCUUCUUCUCUCUCCCUCAUGCAGCCUCUUCGAAGAAAAACUCCUCUAUUCACCUCAGAAAUGGGGACAAUGAAGGGUCGCAAGAACAACAACCUCUCCAUCUUCGUGGUGGUGUUCUCCAUCUUCCUCUUUGGGCUCUUCAUGUACAACGAGGAUGUUAAUUCCAUUGCUGAAUUCCCAUUCUCGAGUCCCAAAGCGCAUGAGACACAAGAAGGAGGAGAACCUAAUAAACAUGUUGAUUCUGUUCAAGACAGUGUUGUUGUUCAAAGGGAGAGUGAGAAGAAGGAUGUGGAAGACACUGCCACGGUAAAAGUUUCUUCUAAGAGGAGUACUUCAAGGGCUCAGCUAGAGAAGAGUGGUGCUGAGGAUGAGGAUUCUGAUGAGCGUGUUGAUUUGAAAACUGUUGUGGAGAAGGAGAAGAAGAUUGAAAUGCCACGUGCGGAGGAAGAGGAAGAGGUGGAAGAAGAAGAAGAGGAAAAAGAAGAAGAAGAAGAAGAAGAAGAGGAGAAAGUUGAGUUGCCACCAGAAGAUUGUGACUUGUUCACUGGGGAGUGGGUUUUGGAUAACGUGACACACCCUUUGUACAAAGAAGACAAGUGUGAGUUUCUCACUUCGCAAGUGACAUGCAUGAAGAAUGGACGACCAGAUUCUUUGUAUCAGAAUUGGAAGUGGAAGCCAAGAGAUUGUUCUCUGCCAAAGUUCAAACCGAAGCUUUUGUUUCAGAAGAUUAGAGGGAAGAGGCUUAUGUUUGUUGGAGAUUCACUGAAUAGGAACCAGUGGGAAUCAAUGGUUUGUAUGGUCAAUUCUGCGGUUCCUUCACAUAACAAGACCUGGUACAAGACUGGUUCACUUGCUAUCUUCAAAAUCCAGGAGCCGGAGCACGUUACCACGGUGGAAUUCUAUUGGGCACCAUUCCUUGUAGAGUCAAAUUCAGAUGAUCCAAACAUGCACAGCAUAUUAAACCGUAUAAUCAUGCCUGAAUCAAUAGAAAAGCAUGGAGUGAAUUGGAAGGAUGUGGACUACUUGAUCUUUAACACCUACAUAUGGUGGAUGAACACUUUCUCUAUGAAAGUCCUACGAGGGUCAUUUGAUGAAGGAUCCACGGAAUAUGAUGAAGUUCCUCGGCCAAUAGCAUAUGGGAGAGUCAUAAACACAUGGUCAAAAUGGAUAGAUGACAACAUUGACCCAAAUCGAACCAAAGUUUUCUUCAGCAGCACGUCCCCUCUUCAUAUCAAGAGUGAGAAUUGGAACAACCCAGAUGGUAUAAAAUGUGCCAAGGAGAUCACUCCGGUUCUCAACAUGUCAACCCCAUUGGAUGUAGGCACAGAUCGUCGCCUUUUUACAAUUGCCAACAAUGUCACUCAGUCAAUGAAGGUGCCAGUGUACUUCAUUAACAUCACUUCUUUGUCAGAAUUGAGAAAAGAUGCACACACUUCUGUUUACACCAUACGCCAAGGCAAAAUGCUAACUCCAGAACAACAAGCUGAUCCUACUACUUAUGCCGAUUGCAUCCAUUGGUGUUUACCAGGAUUACCUGACACUUGGAACGAGUUCCUCUAUACAAGGAUCAUCUCUCAAUCUUGACCUACAACAAACAACCUAUAGAUAUCUUCACACAUACUUUUAUUCUCUUUUCCCUCUUUCCUUAAUUGUUAUUAUUUCUCCUUUUACUUAUGAAGAAUGCUCUUUUUUCCUUGAAUGCCUUAGCCUUUGUUUCAAUUUUUGUAAUUUUUAGCAUUUUUUUAUUGACUUUAUUUUUCUUUUUAGGAAUUGGGCAUUUUACCCAUUUUUUCCUCGUUUCUUUGUUAAGCCAAUUUAGCCAAGCACGGAAGCACAGCAAGAUACUUAAAUGUACAAUGAAUCUUUUCUCCUUGAAUGAAGAGAAAAUAAAGAACAAAGGUUUUGUUUA